UAAUAAAUAAAUAAAGGAAAAAGAAUCUGGAUAUGAUAGAAAACAUAAAACCCUAAUCCAAAAUAGUCGUCAAAUUUCACAAUCCAUUUCUUUCUUUAUUGAUCUCUCCGAUCUGCAACGAGCGGGGAUCUUUUUAGGGAGUACUUGUGUUGUUCCUGCAUUUUGCUUUUCUAAAGAGGAGGGGGAGGCUAUAUUUUGUAAGGUUUUUUGUUAGAAAGAUGAAAAGCACGGAGAGAAUUGCCAAUUUGGCUUUAGCGGGUUUAACCUUAGCACCUCUUGUUGUGAAAGUAGAUUCAAAUGUAAAUGUUAUCUUGACUGCUUGCCUCACUGUAUAUGUGGGAUGCUAUCGUUCUGUCAAACCAACUCCGCCUUCUGAGACGAUGUCCAAUGAACAUGCCAUGCGUUUUCCCAUUGUUGGGAGUGCAAUGUUGUUAUCACUUUUCUUGCUCUUCAAGUUUCUAUCUAAGGACUUGGUCAAUGCUGUGCUCACAGGCUACUUCUUUUUACUUGGGAUUGUUGCUCUGUCGGCAACAUUAUUACCAUCCAUCAAACGUUUUUUGCCAAAGCACUGGAGAGAAGAACUCAUAGUCUGGCAUUUUCCAUAUCUUCGCUCUUUGGAGAUUGAGUUUACAAAGUCACAGAUCAUUGCUGCAAUCCCUGGAACCUUUUUUUGUGUGUGGUAUGCUUUGCAGAAGCAUUGGCUAGCAAAUAAUAUUUUGGGUCUUGCUUUCUGUAUACAGGGAAUUGAAAUGCUAUCUCUUGGGUCAUUCAAGACUGGUGCUAUUCUCUUGGUUGGACUCUUUUUUUAUGACAUUUUCUGGGUGUUCUUCACUCCAGUGAUGGUCAGUGUUGCAAAAUCAUUUGAUGCUCCAAUAAAGCUUUUGUUCCCCACAGCAGAUUCUGCAAGGCCAUUUUCAAUGCUUGGGCUUGGUGACAUUGUUAUCCCUGGUAUCUUUGUAGCAUUGGCCUUGCGGUUUGAUGUUUCUAGAGGAAAACAGCCUCUGUAUUUCAAGAGUGCAUUUUUAGGAUACACUGUUGGCUUGGCCCUAACAAUAGUUGUGAUGAACUGGUUUCAAGCUGCUCAGCCAGCUCUUUUAUAUAUUGUACCUGCUGUAAUUGGGUUUUUGGCUGCUCAUUGCAUAUGGAAUGCCGAAGUCAAACAGUUACUGGAGUUUGAUGAGUCGAAGACUGCGAAAUCAUCUCAAGAGGAGAGUGACCCCAAAUCUGACAAAAAGGUUGAAUAAGUUGAAGCCCUUUCAAUAUACCUUUUAGAGUCAUAGAAGAAGCGCUUGAUUUUCUAGGAGCCCCAUUACCUGUAAUGCUAAAGUAUUCAGCAGCAACCUCUGUAAAGAUUUUGUUUGAGAAAAAUAAUUAGUCUUACUUUCAGUGUAGGAAUUUGCAUUCGCUUCUGUAGUUUGUUUUCAUGGUAAACUAUUUUUGCUGUGAAAAAAAAAACAAGUUUGCGGAGAGGAACGCAUGCUUGUUUGUUUUUUCAUUUGUAUGACUGGUGAUGCUUCUUAAAUCCCUUCUC